CGCGGAGAGCGGCCCUGCUGCCGCUGUUCCACCCCGCCGGGCCGGGCUCCGCAGCAGCCAAUGAGCUUCCCCGCCGCGGGGGGAGCGCCAAUGGGCUCACCUCCACCUGCCUCCUGCCCACACGCGAGGUACGCGGCCGGGCAGGCUGGAGAAAGCGAGGCGGGCGGGCCAAACCAAGUGUCCACUGAAACGCAUCCGCCUCGCAGCCUGUCUCCGCCGCCCCGGAGGGAUGGAGAGGGGCCGGGCGGCUCCUCCGGCGGAUGUUGCCCGAAUGGCCAGUUAAGGAGCGGCUGGGAGGCUCACCUGCAAAGCGGGCGGGCGGGCGCCUGAAGGUCUGCCCCGGGCUCUCUCCCCCGGCGCUGGCAGCAGCCUGUUGCAUUGGCAGCGGGAGUUCCCCUGGGAGCCGGCUACCUGCGCUCUCCGCCCCGCAGGGACACUCGCCGCGGCUCCCCCUUGCAGGCGCGGGCCCUAGGGCGGAGGGAGCCUCGCCGCCGGCCCUCGCAGAUUCCCGCCAGGAGCCGCGCCGCGAGCGCCCCGGGGAGUUCCCUGCCUCGCGAGUGCUCGCAGCCCAGGUGAGCCGAGCCGGAGCAGGGAGCGGCUGCCUCCUGCCCCAGCGGCGGUGGCUGGGCGCCGGGAGAAGAUGGCUGACAGCACCGCGACCACGGGCUCCUGGUGGAAAGCGCUGACCAGAAGCAGGAAAAAAGCCAAAGAGGGGCUGGUGGCCGGAGCGCCGGCGCCCCCGGCUGAGCCCGCCCUCCCGCCGGCGCCCCCCGGCCCGGACUGUCGGGAGAACCAGCAGCCCAACUUCAGCAGCAGCGAGCCCAAAUUGGGCGAGAAGCCUGGCGGCGGCGGCGGCAACCGCAGAAACCUGAAGAUCUCCCACUCCGGCCGCUUCAAGGAAAAGCACAAGGUGCGAGCCCCUCUGCUGGCCGAGAGCCCCAAGCUGUUCGAGGGCAGCGCGCCCAGCCACGCCAGCGAGGAGAGGCAAUAGCUGAGGCUGUGUGCUGCCGUACAGCCUCCGUCUGACCGAGCCUGGCCCCUGCAGCCAGUCCCCCAGAUCUCGCUUUUCCCCCAAUCACAGAGUCACGGCUCCUUGGGGGCUAGAGGAGGAGACACCUGCUGCUUUGGAAACGCCUUGGGUGCCCCUCGUCGCUAGGAGGAAGCCAUCUCUCCCCGGGGGGCGCGGUGACCCCGCUGUAACCAGGCCAGGGACGCGCCUAUUCUCUCGUUCGGAUUCUGAAUUUUGGAAACAAAAAUAAUCCCAGCGCCCUGUGUCUCUGUUCCUGGCUGCUGCACUUUGGACUGGACUAUCGCCCUCGCUGGCUGGAGUUGACAAGUGCUGCACUGCUGCUUAUUUUAGGGGGUAGAGCGGGAUACCUUUCUUGAUCAAAAAUAGCUCGAGCAAAUGGGGAUGGGAUUUAAUAAUGAAAUAAAGAUGAAGUGUAAAUGCA